AUGCUUCUGGCAAAUUACGCAUCCGAAUCCGACUCUGAAUCUGAAUCAGAAGUUGAAAGACAAUCGGAGAACAUACCUACCCAAACGAUCAAGACUGCUGCUAAACCUUUACCAAAGAGAAAAGCACCUAUAAAAAUAACUUUGGACGUUCCGAAACCUACCAAAUUGACCGAAGGGGAGAAAAAUGAGGAUAUUGUAGAUGAUGAUGAUGAUGAUGAUGAUGAUAGACCUGAUAAAAAGAAAAAGAAAGGAAUGGGAAGUUUGAAAGGUGCUGGAUCUUCUUCUCUCUUAGCUAUGCUCCCCGCUCCUAAACGUAAAUUACCCCAAGCCACAGGUCGUUCUUCUCUUCUCGUGAACAAAAGUAUGGCAACAAAAACUUCAUCUUCUACACCUAUGAAAUCAGAAGAGUCACGUGGAUUAGUAGGUUCUCAAGUAAAAGAGAUAGGUGAUCAGAAGGGAAAUGUUACUUCUUCCAUAUCGAAGACGGAGGAUAUGAAAGAUGAUUCUUUUGAUUUAUUCGGAUUAGCUCAAUCCACUACCUCCACCUCUUCUUCCAAACCUUCCCUCAAACCAAACUCCAUAACAUCCGCUCCUACCGUUUCAGACUUCGUACCACCCGUUCCCACCGCCUUAGAUCCAUAUCCGGGUUACUAUCAACUCCCUUCUGGUCAAUGGGCAGCAUACGAUCCCGAUUAUUAUUCCUCUUUCUUUCCGUCAUCCUCUGAAGUUGAAGGUAGAGAAAAGGAAAGUGCGAGAACCAGAGGUGAAGAUGGUCGUGUGGGUCGACAUUGGGACGAAUAUGAUAUCUUACAAGAUCAAGUGGUUGAUGUGGACGUUAGUGAAGGUAUACGCAAGGCUAGAGAAGAAGAGGAGAGAAGGAAAUUGAUGGUCAAACCUAAGUUGCCCGGGAACGAUUAUGAUUAUAAGGCCAUCGGACAAACCAAAGGAUUGGCGGCGGAAAGACAUCAACUUACCAGUUUACUCAAUACCGCUUUCACGCAACGAGAAGCAUUGGAAGAACGCAUCGCUCAAAACAAGAAGAGCGCAAGACUGGCAGGGACAAAAUAUGGGUUUUGA